CACUGUCUUAUGAACCUUGAGUUUAAUUAAUUAGGAGGGUAGCGAGCCGGUGGUUCUAACUUGGGGCACCGGCGCAAGAAUGCAGCUUGCUCGGGGGCAGCAGGCCGCCCAGCGGUCAGGCGCUAGGUCUACGCGGGUGUGCCAACUUAGAGUUAACUCGCCGGUGGUAUCAAGGGGCGCAGUGAGAGUUCUGGCAGUCGCUGCUGCCCCAUCGAAGAAGAUCAAGGUCUCAGAUGUUACAGCAGUUGGCCUGAAGGACGUGCCGCUGCGGUCGCUGUUUCCUGAUGAGCCCAAGCCGCCUGCGCCGGGUGCUCCGAAGUUGAAGGUUGCCAUUGUGGGCGGUGGCUUGGCGGGCUUGUCUACUGCCGUAGAGCUGCUGGACCAGGGCUACGAGGUGGACAUCUACGAGGGGCGGCAGUGGAUCGGCGGCAAGGUGGCCUCCUACGUGGACAAGGAUGGGAACCACAUCGAGAUGGGCCUGCACGUCUUCUUCGGCUGCUACUUCAACCUGUUCCGUCUGAUGGCCAAGUGCGGGGUGCUGGAGAACCUGCUGGUCAAGGAGCACACGCACACCUUUUGCAACAACGACGGCGACGUACGAGACCUGGACUUCCGCUUCUUCAUCAACGGGCUCAAGGUCGGCGCGCCCUUCCAUGGCCUCAAAGCCUUCUUCACCACGCCCCAGCUCGCCCCGCUGGACAAGGUAGCCAACAGUCUGGCGCUGGGCACCUCCCCCAUCGUACGGGCGCUGAUCGACCCCGAGGGCGGCAUGCGGGACAUCCGCGACCUGGACGGCGUCUCCUUCACCGACUGGUUCCUCAGCCAUGGCGGCAGCCGCAACUCCAUCAAACGCAUGUGGGACCCCAUUGCCUACGCGCUGGGCUUCUUGGACUGCGACCACAUCUCCGCUCGCUGCAUGCUCACCAUCUUCCAGUUCUUCGCCACCAAGACGGACGCAUCGGUGCUGCGCAUGCUGAACGGCUCGCCCGCAGAGCGCCUGCUGGCGCCCAUCGCGGAUUACAUUCGCGCCCGGGGCGGCCGCAUACACACUCGCGCGGGCUGCAAGGAGGUGCUGUACGAGACGGCAGCCGACGGCACCACUCGCGUCACUGGGCUUCGCGUCGGACCCAUGGGUCGCGAGGAGCUCAUCACCGCCGACGUCUACGUCGCGGCACUCGACGUGCCCGGCAUUAAGAAGCUCCUGCCACCCGCCUGGCGUACGGCACAUCGCCAAUUCGACCUGAUCUACAAACUCGUUGGCGUGCCGGUGAUUACCGUACAACUACGGUACGACGGUUGGGUUACGGAGCUGAAAGAUGCGGCCAAGGUACGGGAUCUCCGUGCGGCCGCGGGUUUGGACAACCUGUUGUACAGCGCGGAUACCUACUUCUCGUGCUUUGCGGAUUUGGCGCUGACGUCACCGGUAGAGUACUUCAAGGAGGGCGAGGGCAGCCUGAUGCAGUGCGUAAUCACGCCGGCAGUGCCGUACAUGGCCUGGACGAAUGAGGCCAUCGCGGCGGAGACGGACCGACAGGUACGGCAGCUCUUCCCCUCGGCUCGUGGGCUGCGCAUGACGUGGCACUCCGUGGUCAAGAUCUCCCAGUCGCUGUACGAGGAGGCUCCCGGCAUGGACUUGUACCGCCCCGACCAGAAGACGCCCGUGCCCAACUUCUUCCUGGCGGGCUCCUACACCAAGCAGGACUACAUCGACUCCAUGGAGGGCGCCACGCUGUCCGGCCGCCAGUGCGCCUACUCCAUCCUGGAGGCCGCUCCCGCACUGCGCAGCGCCGCGGACAAGCUGGCGGCAACAGCGGCAACAGCGGCAGCGCAGAAGGUACCCGCGGGUGCGGCGGUGUAAGGAGGGAUGAUCCCUGGUGGAGGGAGGGAGCUUGGGACUCAGUACUCAGAGUGGGGGCUGGUAUUACAGAGAUGGGG